ACACCCUCAGAAUCAACUACACCUUCAGAAGCAACUACGACACCCUCAGAAGCAACUACGACACCCUCAGAAUCAACUACACCUUCAGAAGCAACUACGACACCCUCAGAAUCAACUAAUCAACUACACACAACUACAGACACUUCAGCAACUGACGACACACUUCAGAAGCAACUACCCUCAGAAUCAACUACACCUUCAGAACCUUCAGAAGCAACUACGACACCCUCAGAAUCAACUACACCUUCAGAAGCAACUACGACACCCUCAGAAUCAAAGCAACUACGACACCCUCAGAAGCAACUACGAACCCUCACAACUACACAUUCAGAAGCAACUACGACACCCUCAGAAUCAACUACACCUUCAGAAGCAACUACGACACCCUCAGAAUCAACUACACCUUCAGAAGCAAUUACGACAACACCAGAUACGACUACAACCGUAGGGAUCACCGUAUGAAAUGACACAGACGCCUAACAUGUUACAGUGAAUUCACAAAUAACUUUUAUAACUGCAUGAUAAAUAAUACACAAUAACCCUCUGUGAAAAUACUAUAAAUAUGAAGUGUAAUUGAUAUCAUAUAUUUACAUUUUUCUAUCGUGUUAGAAGUCUGAUUUUUUAUUGUGGUCUUCCAUUGUGAUCCACUGCAAUUCCUGUUAUAAUUUAUUAGAACUAAUUAAACUGAUAAGCGAAUAUAUAAGGAAAUGUAUAGAAAUGGUCACGAAUAUUACUCUUUUCUAAAAAGAAAAAAAGGAGAAAUGAUGUUUCCUUUAUAUUCAAGACUUUUUAAUAACCUCAGGUAUUAUUUCUCCCGCGCAAUACUCCUGUAAAACCAGAUUAUUAAAUUUAUUAUGAUUGUU